AUGUCUAUCAGAUAUAUAGCUGAUGCUGACUGGGAAGUGGUUGAAAAGUCUACUCAGCUCGACAGUCUCGGUGAAGAUGCAAAAAAGAUGGCCUACUGGCAGAUGUUCACCCAAGGUCUUCUCUCCAAGUCUGCAGUCCAACGGCUUCUCGUCUGGGCGGAUGCGGCGCGGAAUCAGGAGGGCUGGUCAGUAGAUCAAAAGGGAAAACGCGACGAGGUCGCCAAGAAGAUCGAGAAACAAAAGUACCCCGGUUCGGUGGAGGAAGCGGAAAGGAGGAGGUCAAAGUACACGCGGCGACUGACCUCAGCUGUGGCCUACAUCUUCCACGCCUGUGACGCGGUGCUGACGACGACAGCGCUGGUGGUGGAGUUCGUGCCAUCCAUGGCGGCCCUCAGGAAGGGCUUGUUCAUCUACAACGCCUGCUACGUCGGCAUUUUCUGCAUGGUCGUCAUGGGAGAGAUAUUCGUCUUCCGCCGGAAGUUCUUUAGCGACCUUUGGCACGUUUCCGGCCUGGUGUGCAUGUGUCUGGGGCUCUUCGACGCUCUUAUCCUCAGCACCGUGGACAACAUGCAGCAGUCUGACCAUGCGCACAGCCGUUCCUCGCUCACCGGAGCUGAGAUGGAGUUUCUGCGCGUCUUCGUCAUCAUCACACGCUACUUCCGGUUGUACAAGGUUCUGGAGAUCACACCUGCAGCCUUGUCUCUGCUGCUGCGGCUCUUGGACUACCGGAUGGGGCGGCGCGUGAUCUGGGGUUACGACCUUGCGCGUGGCUACGUCAUGGGGGAGGGAGAGGUGAUGCGGCAGCUGGGGGAGGUGGCGGAUGGCGACAGCAGCCUGGCGGCGGACAUCAGGCGGCACUGCACACAGUCGCGACUCCGCGUCAUCCGCAGCAUGGGAUUACUUCAAAUGCGACAUCCGGGUGUGGCUGGGCGGGUCAAGACACGUUAUGCCGCAUGCAUUGUCCUCAACAGCAAGCGUGACGUCAUCAAAGAGAUGGGGGAAGAGGGUCUUUUGGAGGACACUGACAUCAAGCUUCUGCUCAAGAAUGUCGAGCUAAAGAUGAAAAAAUUAGCCAACAGCGCACCUCGAGUUCCGGAAGUAGGUCUUUCUGACAUCGUGAGUAACCUCCCUUGGGUUUGCGGCGAUUCCAGCCUACAUGACUUUAUUAUACAACACGGACAGGUACUGACGCUAGACGCUGACCAGGUGUUAGUGGAGGAAGGCUGUCCGCCAGGUGACAUCUAUGUCAUUAUUUCCGGUGUUGCUAAGGUAGAAGUAGGAAGCAGACUUCAGCCGGAGGCGGGUGGAGAACAGGAUGAGGCUGCAGACUACAUGACCACCGGGAACGUGAUUGGUGAAUACAGUCUCGUGACCCGGAGCCCGAUGGCUCACAGUGUGCGGGCGUUCACGCAGCUCAAGGUGCUGUUCCUCAAUGCCGACACCAUGCGAACCGCCAUGAGUCUGACGUCAGAAGUAGAAGACAACCGAAGAGAAAGAAACGACGAGAACGAAGAGUUGCCGUCCUUGGAAUACAGGCUGUGGCGCGCGGUCGCCACGCGCAUUGCAUAUAAAGUCCUCCUGGAUGAACCCGCCUUUAUGAGAGUACACAAACACGGACUGCGCAUGCGGCUGGCUGACGCAUAUCUUGUCGAUGGAGAGGAGAGAACGGAAGUGAUUCGAGAUUCAACGAUGAGUGACCUCAUACUUGUACAUGGGCGUGCGAUGGACAACUUGACGCGGGAAGUGUACGACGGCCCCUGCUAUCUUCCCUUCAAUGUCAUCUCUCUGUCUCUCGUGAGCGACAGCAACGCUCGUGCCAUUCUGUUCAUCGUACCUGCUGGCGGGGAUUCCCCAGCUCCCCGCCACGUCUUGCGAUCUCCCGCUUCCGCAUCGGGAUCCCUGGCUUUCAACAACACUCACAAGAAAAAGAUGCACGAAGAACCGGCUCCGCCCUUAGACCGACGUCACAGCGUGUGUGCACCCUCGGGGCCAGCCAGAGGAACUUCAUCGUCUAACGUCCUUCUUCCGCGCCGGACACGUCGCAGUUUACACUCCAAGCGGAACUCCUCGCCGGCCGUGCUUGACGAGCACUUUGUGGGAGGCUGGGAUUCGCUGGGCGCUGCAGCACUGGCCUCGUCACCAGCAUCCCCCCUGAGCCAUCGCGCCAACCACGAGCCGCAUGCCACACACGUGUCGGAGUACUCCUCUUUCGCCCUCAGAUUCCCCCGGACCUUGUGGGGCAGCAUCGGGGAGGAACAUUCCAGACAUAGGUUAUACCUGCCUCGGCCUUCUCUCACUUCUCUUUCCAUUGACUCUGUGGAAGAAGAAGAUGGGGACUCCUCCAGUCGCCAAGGAGACGCAAGUAGUGCGUACUACUCCCCAGCACUGAGUCCUGCCUCCUUAAGUCCUGUCCUCGGAUCGGGCACCUGGAACUUUUUCGCAGACAAUAAGGGUAGGGUUAUUUCCGGCAAAGGGAAAAAGACGACGACGACGACGAGGAGGACGACCAUGAUGAUAAUGAUGAUGAUGAUAGCGAUGCGAGAGAUAGCGACGACAACAAAGUGUUGGCAUGGAAACUAGCCUCCGGCGGUUUUAUCAACCGUCAGUCACCUAAAGAAGCUCAGACGACAGGGAAAAUAAUUUUGAAUUCUCCCUCGGGUGUUCCUUUACAAGGUAGCGCUUCGAUCGCUUCUUCUUCACUUUCGCAUUUAGAUGACAGCUCGCCUCAGACGGCCCCAAGAUCUCAAAAAAGAGGAAUCUUUCACCGUCUGUUCAAAAGUAGGGGACGUCACACGGAUCCACCGUCUGCCUCAAAAAGUUCACCUAAUCAAGUAGCAGAGUUCUCACUUGCUGUUCUGAACGAGAAGGUAAAAAAAACCUCGAUCUCUCAACAAAUCACGUGACCUCAACCUCUGUGAAAGCGCCCACAGCAGCUCGCCAGAUUCAAGACCAAAGACCUACCAUCCUCAGGACACAGAGGCUAAGACUCAUCUACAUCCCAAACAGGACGAAUGUGAGGUGACCUAUUUGAACCCCUGCUAUCUUCCCAGCUAUGGCGAGCUGACCCUGUCAGUAGUGGAGCAGAAUAGUACAGGUCUGGAUAACCCUGCAUUUCGAGAAACCGAACUUACAGCUGAAGGACCAGAGAAAGAAAAUGAGUAGCCAACUGACCAACGAACUUCAGUAAAGACAGACUUGUAACUGGUCAUCUGUUUUUAUGAUGCUGGCAAUGAAGCUCAUUCUCCUGACUCCUGUUACAUCCUUCUAAUUCAAAGAAAGUAUUUGUUCACAAAACGCGGUCUGCGUUGCAGGGACGCGCACAUGUAAUCUAAAGAGAGUUUAAAAAUAUUGGCCAAUUAAAAAAAGGACAUUAAGAACACUCAGGGUACACAAUAAUGGUGACAUGUCUGUGAUUAAACUACACCUACAUCCUUAUCCUGUUCAAGUUGAAGUUUCUCAGCAACUCACAGGGAAGUACAAACAACAGACUUUCUAUGAGGACUAUUUUGAGAAAAGUAACCGCCACUGAUGUCCAUACGAUUAUUUUGACAUGUCCAUUGAAUCAAAGUCUGUCAUGCCGCAUCAAACAGGAAACCACAAAAAUGAAUCAUCGUCAAUGAAGACACACACACAAUGUCCUUGCCCAGUUAUAAGCAAGCUUGAUUCACUUGUCAUCCUGCUGUAAGCAACUGUUGCUGCAUUGUAAAAAUAUCACAGUGUGAUUAACUAAAUUCAAAGCUGCUACCGUCGGGAAAUACAAAGCAGGAGGCAGAUCUGAAUGUUGCACAUGAAAAUUCCCCAAGACAACAGAAAAAUAAGUGUGUGUGUGCGCGCGUCCAGUGAGUCAGAUUUGUCUGAGAGUUGGGGUAGACCACUUCCGGUUUUAUGUUGGCUGUUGAUACGCGUCGGCUUAUACAAUAAACAAAUGAUCGUCAACAUUGCUGUGCACCUUAGUGUACUUCAGGCCUACAAGUGUCCAACAUUAUCAUUUCAUACAUGUCCAAUGGAUGAGCAAGUGAAAAAGCUUUGUCUGGUCAAAAUUA